AUGGCAAAUAGAGUGACCGGAUCGUGUUGUACAUCAUCUGUGGAACGGGCUGGCCUCCCUGGCCUAUUGAGAGACUUACAGAGGCUCUCCGAAGACCAAGACUCCGCUGAUCUCGUAUUUAUAUUAGGACCUUCGGAAGAAAAAGUGUUCGCGCACAAAAUUAUUCUCAUAGCAAGAUGCAAAAGUUUCCAGAACACAAAGCGAGGCGAGGUAUGUCGCAUUCCUGGUUGUACGGUGACGCCAUCUGUUGGCGUACAUCCGACGCCUGUGCGCAUGCCGCAUGUUCAGCCGGAAUCUUUUCGGUUUUUCAUUCAGUAUGUCUACACAGGAAAGCUUCUUUUGCAAGACUCAGGGGUGUUUGAAAUGAUGACACUCGCAGCAGAUCUAGGCGUAGAAGACUUAAGAGCCGCUUGCGAGGACCACGUUACUUCGACUUUAAGUGUUGAAAGUGCAUGCACUCUGCUGGCCGCAGCUAUGGAAAUUCAAGAUCGUCCAGGUGGGAAAAGUGCAUCAUCAUUUUUGGAGAGAUGUAUUGCAUUUAUUGGUAACAAUGCCGCUGAGUGUGUGAAGACAAACUCUUUUCUCAAUUUGCCAAAAGAAGCACUUAUCAAGCUCAUUUCAUCUGACUUUUUAUGCUUAGAAGAAGAAGAAGUAUGGAGAUGUGUACUCGCAUGGGCUAAACAGCGUGCAGGGGUUACACAGCCAACUGCACAUUGGACUGAGGAAGAACGGGCUAGGGUCUGCCACCACCUAGCACCAUUAAUGCACCACAUUCGACUCCUGUUGAUCGAUAGUGCAGUAUUCGCAGAAGAAGUAGAGCCCACAGGUGCAGUGCCGAUGGAGUUGUCUCUGGAGAGAUACCGCCGUGCUGCAUUGCAUGCCGCUCGUCCUGGCCCAGACAAACCUACUCAGCCGAGAUUAGCAGUAAAUUUGUUUGGCAAUUCGGUCAUUCUGCAACAAGACAAAAGUGGUUUGCAAUCACUUAUUAACAGUUGGUGCGGAACUCCCAAACAGAGCUGGCGAUUGGUGUUUAGAGCUUCAACCCAUGGCUUUUCAGCACAAGCUUUUCACUCUCAUUGUGAUGGCAUUGCACCGGUCUUGUUGCUUGUUCAGCUGUCUCGUGGUCCAGUUAUAGGUGGCUGGUGCGAAGCAGGCUGGUCGGGAGGUGCCGGCGGCGCUGGAGGCUACAUCCCCUCUGAGAGGGGUCUACUAUUCGCGCUCACAGACCCCCCUGCCAUUUACACGCUCACUAAAAAGGCAUUCGCAUUGUGUUACCAUCCCGAUUGUGGUCCAAUAUUCGGGGCGGGCGCAGAUCUGCUCAUCUCGAACAAUUGCAACACCAACUCUGAGAGCUACAGCAACCUUCACUCUUACGGCGACUCGCUGUCCCCCGCUUCACUGGCAGCAGAUUACAGCUUUACUGUUCGAGACUAUGAAAUAUUUACUGUUAAGCUUAAUUAA